AUGCCCCGCUUGACCGUUGAGCUCCUGCAGACUGCGCCUUCAUACAUUAAUCCCCUCAAGCAGCGUGAACUUGAUCUUAGAGGGCGCAGAAUUCCUCUUAUUGAGAACCUUGGUGUAGCGAAGGACCAAGAUACUAUUGAUUUCACGGAUAACGACAUCGCCUCCUUUGGAAAUUUUCCUGUUUUUCCUCGUCUCCGAACCCUCAUGUUUGCACGAAACCGUAUUGUCCACAUUCAGGCGAACAUCGGCUCCUCCCUGCCAAAAUUGACCACUUUGAUCUUGACCGAUAACAACAUCGCCGAGUUAGCUGACCUCGCUCCCCUCAAAACUCUCCCUCUAUUGCAUCAUUUGGUCUUGCUAAACAACCCCGUGUCCCGGAAGGAUAACUACCGCUUCUGGGUCAUUUGGUUGAACCCAUCUAUCCGUUUCUUCGACUACAAAAAAGUCAAGGAUACCGAGCGUAACCAGGCAAAGGAGCUUUUUGGUACUGCUGAAGAACCGACUGCUCUCGCAUCCAAGAUUAUGGGCACCACCUCUCACAACUUCGUUGCCCCCACCUUCGAAUCUGGAGAGGUCCAGACCGAUAAGGCACUCCGCAUUCAGCUCACCGAGAACGAGCGCAAGCGUGUCCAGGAGCUAAUUCGCAACGCGACCAGCUUGCAUGAGGUUGAUCGUCUGGAGAAGGAGUUGACCGAGGGUCGCAUCCCUGGCGGCUCUGAUGCUGUUUACAAGGCCAGGUAA